AUGACACGCAACGUAAUUAAUAUUCAUGUGCAAGCCUUCGCCGUAGUAGAUGGCACGCAACAAAAUAAAAGUUCCUCAUGUGAUAUUGUCCAGAUGGCCGCAGUGAGUGGAGAACACACUUUCAACCUUUUCAUGGUUCCCCGUUGCCGGAUGCAGCCCAGAGCAUCUCGAGUUACGGGUUUCAGGGUGAGACGCCAACGUCUGUUUCUCCACCGCAGGCCGGUGCUCACCAGCUCUCUCCGAGAAGCUCUAGUUUCCUUCAUAACAUUUCUCCAGAUGUUGGGUCGCCUGCUCCUGGCGGGUCAUAACAUUCACAGGUUUGACUGUCAUGUUUUAGCCCGAGUUCUGGAUGAGUUCAACUUGAGGUCAGACUUCCAGAAUGGGGUUUCUGGAUUCGUUGACACCCUUACACUCGCCCGACAGCUUCUCAAAAACAGCGGACUCCAGAGCUUCAAGCAGGAGAACCUGGUUAAGACUGUCCUGGGUGUUUCUUAUGCAGCUCACAAUGCUCUAGAGGAUGUGCAAGCCCUGCAGAAGCUCUACCAGGCCCUCAGGCCCACAGCCAAUCAGAUUCAACAGCACAUAUUUACUCUAGACUCAUUGGCCACUGCUGCUGUCAAUCAAGCUCCAACGAGACCGUCAGAACAGAGCAAUUUUUGCGAGCGCUUCAGUAAAGCUGUGGAGAUCACAGAAGACAACAGACCACACAAACCUCUGUAAACGUCCAGCUGGUCUCAGAUCAGAAAUUUAUAACAGUAUUUAUAA